AUGGAAGACAAACCAAAUAAUUACAUAAAGACAAUAUAUUUUCAGAAGAAUAACUACAUUAAAAACUUAAACAAGCAUGCUUUUAUACGAAUGGAGAGCCUCAUGCAAGACUGGAGUGACCCAGGCAACUGGUCAGUCCUGGAGCACCUGGGUCUGGACCAGAGCUCAGAUUUUUCAGACACCAGCGUGCAGCAGAAAUUGGAUGAGGAGAAAGAGAAAAUUAAACGUGAGAUCCGCAAAGAACUGAAAAUAAAGGAGGGAGCAGAAAAUUUGCGCAAGGCUACAACAGACCGUAAGAAUCUCUCCAAUGUGGAAAACUUGCUCAAGAACUCCAACCGCAAACUGGAGACGUUGCAUCACCAUCUUCAGGAUCUCAAUGCACACAUUGUGGUCAAGGACCCCGAAGAGCUGGGGGAUGCCCCACAAUCACCAGGCAGCCUGAGCCGAUCAACAGCUACUAAAAGUCGUAUUGCUGGUCUGGAAAAGCAGCUCAACAUUGAGUUGAAAGUGAAGCAGGGAGCAGAGAACAUGAUCCAGAUGUAUGCCAACGGUGCUGCCAAAGAUCGGAAGUUGCUGCAGACAGCCCAGCAAAUGCUACAAGAUAGCAAAACCAAGAUAAACAUUAUCCGCAUGCAGAUUCGCAAGGCUGUGCAAGCUGACGAGGUGCAGCUGACUAUGGAAGAUGGGCAAGGGAACACAGAUCUAAGCGCCAUAGAAUUGAGAAUUGAGGAGCUUCGCCAUCACUUCCAAGUAGAAUAUGCUAUAUCUGAAGGUGCCAAAAAUGUACUGCGCCUUCUGAGCUCCAGCAAAGUUCAGGAUCGUCAUGCUAUUUCUGAGGCACAGACCAGGCUGAACGAAUCAAGCCAGAAGUUGGAUCUUUUGCGAUAUUCUCUGGAGCAACGUCUGGCUGAACUGCCUGAAGAUCAUCCAAAGGCCUGCAUCAUCAAGGAGGAACUCAUCUUGGCCUCCUCUCCUGCCUUCAGUGCCCGCAAUAGCAGUUCCUACCAGCAUAUCCAGUAUAAUACCUUAUCAAAGCCAUCUCCACUCACAGGGACCCUGGAAGUACAGUUGUUAGGCUGCAGUGGGUUGCUGGAGGUUGUCCCAGGACGUACCCGUGGCUCCACUGUCUGCCUGCCUUGCAACAGUCCUGGUGAAGCACGGCCUUCAUUCAUGACCCGCAGCGGGCGAGGGCUGUAUAAUCGCAGUGGUAGUGUAAGUGGCAGGACCACCAUCAAAUCAGAAGAUAACAGCAAUGAAAUAAGUGCUGUAUUGAAGCUGGACAAUGGAGUUGUAGGCCAGACCGCUUGGAAAUCCAUUGGCCUACAAGCUUGGAACCAGGUUUUCACAGUGGAAUUAGAAAGGUCAAGAGAGUUGGAGAUUGGUGUCUAUUGGCGUGACUACCGCAGUCUCUGUGCCCUGAAAUACCUCAAGCUGGAAGAUUUCCUUGACAAUGAACGCCAUGAAAUUCACCUGGAAUUGGAGCCACAGGGCACUCUGUUAGCAGAGGUUAUCUUUUUUAACCCUGUCAUUGAGCGCAUACCCAAGCUCCAGCGACAGAAGAAGAUCUUUUCCAAGCAGCAAGGGAAAGCUUUCUUGCGUGCUCGUCAGAUGAACAUUGAUAUUGCCACAUGGGUACGUCUCUUGCGACGCCUCAUUCCUACUGCCAGUACUACAGGGACUUAUAGUCCCUCAACGCAGAUGACUCCAACAUCUGGCUCAGAAAGUAGGCAGAGCUCUGGGGACAUUGCCAUUGAGAAGCUGAACUUGGAAGGGGAUAGAGUUCAAAUUGGGCAUUUGGGCCAGGAUGAUCCUGAGCUUCCUGAGAAGGUCUUACUGACUUCACAAGCUGAGGAGGAGGUCUUUCAAAUGGAAUUAGGUUCAGGAAGUGAGACUAGAGGAUCUGAAAGUAUUUUUCACAGCGGCCAUCUGAGAAAAACACCUGUCACUAUGGAUGAUUUUCAUUUUGUAGCUGUGCUAGGUCGCGGGCACUUUGGCAAAGUGUUGUUAUCUGAGUUACACCGAACAAAAGAACUGUUUGCUAUUAAGGCCUUAAAGAAAGGGGAUAUUGUUGCAAGAGAUGAAGUAGAGAGCCUGAUGUGUGAGAAGAGGAUUUUUGAGAUUGUGACCCAAGCACGGCAUCCUUUCCUAGUGAACCUUUUCGCCUGUUUCCAGACACCGCAACAUGUCUGUUUUGUCAUGGAGUACACAGCAGGUGGAGACCUCAUGAUGCACAUACACACUGAUGUUUUCUCAGAGCCACGUGCAACGUUUUAUGCUGCUUGUGUUGUCCUGGGCCUGCAGUUUCUUCAUGACCACAAGAUAGUAUAUAGGGAUCUGAAGCUGGAUAACUUACUAUUGGACACAGACGGCUUUGUGAAAAUUGCAGAUUUUGGCCUUUGCAAAGAAGGAAUGGGCUAUGCUGACCGUACCAGCACAUUCUGUGGGACACCAGAGUUUCUGGCUCCUGAGGUGCUUACAGACACCUCCUAUACAAGAGCAGUCGAUUGGUGGGGCUUGGGGGUCCUUACCUAUGAGAUGCUUGUAGGUGAGUCCCCAUUCCCAGGAGACGACGAAGAAGAAGUAUUUGACAGCAUUGUCAAUGAUGAGGUGCGCUACCCCCGUUUUCUUUCCACAGAGGCAAUUGGAAUCAUGCGCCGGCUGCUGCGUCGGAAUCCAGAAAGGCGCCUGGGUUCUAGUGAGCGUGAUGCAGAGGAUGUGAAGAAGCACCCAUUUUUCAGAAGCAUUGAAUGGGAAGCUUUGCUGGCUCGUAAGGUCAAACCACCCUUUGUGCCAGUGAUUAAGGGCCGUGAAGACAUCAGCAACUUCGAUGAGGAGUUUACAGCUGAAGCAGCUGUGCUGACACCACCCCGUGAAUCACGGCCCCUCACUCAAAAGGAACAGGAUGCCUUCAAAGAUUUUGAUUAUGUCUCCAGCGUCUGCUAGCUCUGGAAGUGACGGCAAGGAGAUUUCCUCAACACUGCCAGCUCCGUGAGGCAGAAUUCUGUUCCUCCACUGACUCAAGACACUUCCUAGGACUGCCUGCUAGCCCCAGAAGCAAAAUCCAGAAAAACCCAGUCACAUUGCUAGCAAAAUGUGGAAUGAGUAGCGUUUCGCCAAUGUAUGCCUGCUCUGGGAUUAGAAGGGCAAAUUCCAGUAAUAUUUCUGCAUUGUCCCAGACAACAGUAUAUAAUUCAUGCAGAAAGUUGGGCACCUGCUGGCUCAAAGGGAGGGGAGGAAAGAGAAAGAAAAGGAGAAAGUAAGUUUGAAAGCCAAACAUAACUUUGUCCACCUGCAUCUUCAUGAAAUUGUUGCCUACGAUGAUUCCCAAACUUUCUGCUGGAACAGGCAAAACUAUUAUUAGGAAUCCACCAAUACUGGAGAUGCUGAAGUCAAAGGGCCAUUCUCUGCCCUAACACACUGAAGGAUUUUUUUAAAAGCAUAUUGUGAAAAAAAAGGGGGUUGCCUUUCUGAUACUGUUGCUGAAAUUCACUGCUUGAAAUUCUAACCCAGAAGGGAAAACUGAAUCUCAUUCUGCAUCACAGCUUUCUAUCAGUGCACAAACUCUCUUGGGUCGAUUUUGAACCAACUCUGUAAUUCUGGGCUUUCUUUACAACCAUUUGCAAAAAGCUCACGGUUUUUUUCCCCUCAAGAAUUAUCUUCAUAUUCAUAAGAUAGACAUACGUACUGC